AUGGCCGAUCCCGCGUCGCGGCAGUACGUUCCUCUGACCUGCCACGGCCACUCACGGCCUGUGCCACACGUGAGCUUUUCGCCGUUGGAAAAGGAGGAGGUAUACUACAUGAUCUCUGCUUGCAAAGAUGGCAACCCGAUGCUUCGCGAUGGCCAGACCGGCGACUGGAUUGGGACAUUUCUCGGCCACAAGGGUGCCGUCUGGCAGGCGAGACUGAGCCCCGACGCGUCGACUGCGGCGACUGCCUCUGCCGAUUUCACCGCCAAGGUCUGGGACACUCACACCGGCGAGCUUCUCUACGUUCUCCAGCACGACCACAUUGUCCGCGCUAUUGCGUACCCUUAUGACAACUCUGGAAUGCUGGCAACUGGAGGCUUCGAGAAGAAAUUGCGCAUCUUUGACCUGCAAGAGCAAAAGCCAUUGUACUCCCCCACGUCGUCCAUUGAUCCGAACCUCGUCACACCAAUUACGAUCGAAACAUCGCAAGCCUUUGAGAUCGGAGAAGGGGCCCAUAAGGAUGCCAUCAAGUUUAUUGUUUGGGCCAAGGAUCCGAACAUGAUAAUCACCGCCUCGGGCGACACUCUUCGCUGGUUCGAUCUUCCUUCUAGGUCCUGCGUUCGCGAGGCGAAACUUGAUGGCGAGAUCAAGUCCUGCGAGCUUGUCUCCCUCGCGCCCGCUUACAGCUCGCCGGCGGAUAUUGGCGGCGGCCUCCCGGUUCUUGCGGUUGCUGCGGGCAAGACCGCGUACUUCUGGGGGGGUAACCGUGCUGAAGACGAUAUCAAGCAAAUAACUUUACCGCACGGAAUUGCCAGCGUAGCCCUUGAUCUAAAGGGCAGGAAAUACGUGGUUGGCGAGGAGCCGGGCACGUGGGCGCGCGUGUAUGACUGGGAAGAUGGUAGGGAGCUUGACGUGCACAAGGGUCACCACGGGCCUAUUUGGUCAAUCGCAUUCUCGCCUGACGGUAACCUCUACGCAACUGGCUCGGAAGACGGCACAAUAAAAAUGUGGAAAAACUGCGAAGGGUAUUAUGGUCUUUGGCGAGGAGGCUUGUCUACCGGUAGCGGCACGGACUAG